CCUCCACCCAGAGCACACUAUCCCAGCAGCCUCUCUGUCUCAGCUAGCCCAUCCCUCAGCAGUCUGGACAGCUCCGGUGGUGACCUCACUCCUCUUCCCGCCGCCAAACACCACGUCUCCUACAACAACAUCAACCCUUCCCUCCCCCGCUCUCCCCCACCUACCUCCCCCGGGGGCCAAGCCGGUCCCGAAGGUGAGCCAGUCCCCUGUCCCCCUGUCCCCCGCCCAGACCCCCAGCUCAACCUGCUCUCCCCCAGACCUCAGGUAGGACACCUGGCCCCCUCCACCCCCCUGCCACCGGAGCACACCCAGCCACAGGAAAUGAUGUCAGAGAGAGAAAGCGUGGGUUCCAUCCUGCAGAGGAUCGCUUCCUUCUCCCGUCCCGACGCCAUGACGACCACCAGGGUUCCAAGCGCCGCCAGUGUUCUGAGCGGGGUUGGCCUUAGCAACGGGGUGAAGAAGGAGAGCCCACCAUCGAUGAUGAUGAUGCAUCAGGAGCGUGUUUCAUCACCUCUACCUGUGGCGGUCCAGAGACAGGGGCUAAAGAGAGUGCAAGACACAACUAAGGCGCUGGAGCAGGAGAUACCCACGUCGAUGGAGGAGAGAGGGAUGGAGGAAGUGAAACUGUCAGCAGUAGAAGACAAAGCAGCAGUAGAGGAAGCUGUGGAGGAGAGAGUAGCUCAGGAGAAGACAGAUGAUAGCACAGCGCAGAAUAAAGAGACGGAGGAGAGAGAAGUAGACGUGGAGAGAGAGAUGGAGGGAGACGUAGAGGUCGUGACCCCUUGCCCUACAGAGAGCCAUGGUCUCCAGGGAACCAUUAAAGGUCAUGACCUCUUCGGCUACGUGGGCAUCGAGGCUGUUCUGGACCAGAUGAGACGCAAGACCAUGAAGGCUGGCUUCGAGUUCAACAUCAUGGUCGUGGGUCAGAGUGGACUAGGGAAGGAAGUCACCCUGGUCAACACCCUGUUCAAGUCUAAAGUCAGCCGCAAGUCCUGCAGCCCAAACUACGAAGAGAAGAUCUCCAAGACUGUCAAACUGCAGUCCGUCAGCCAUGUGAUAGAGGAGAAGGGAGUGAAGAUGAAGCUCACAGUGAUUGACACGCCAGGAUUUGGAGACCAGAUAAACAACGAAAACUGUUGGGAGCCUAUAGUGAGUUAUGUUAAUGAGCAGUAUGAGAGGUACCUGAAAGAAGAGCUGUACGUCAACAGGAAGCCGAGGAUCCCUGACACACGCGUCCACUGCUGUGUCUACUUCCUGCCUGCCACCGGACACUGGUUACGUCCCAUAGACGUGGAGUUCAUGAAGAGGCUGGGGAAGAUAGUCAGCAUCGUACCGAUCAUCGCUAAGGCAGACACACUCACCAUGGAGGAGAGACAAGAGUUUAAACAGAGGAUAAGACAGGACCUGAAGGCCAAUGGGAUCCGAGUCUACCCUCAGACGGAGUACGACGAAGAUCCAGAGGACAGGAUACUCAACGACAAGAUCAGGGAAAACAUUCCGUUUGCGGUGGUGGGGACAGACAAGGAGCACCAGGUAAACGGGAACAAGGUCCUGGGCAGGAAAACCAAAUGGGGCAUCAUAGAGGUUGAAAACGUGGCACAUUGUGAGUUUACCAACUUGAGAGAUCUGCUGAUUAGGUCCCACCUGCAGGACCUGAAGGACGUGACCCACAACAUCCACUAUGAGACAUUCCGCGUCAGGAGGCUGAACGAGAGUAACCUGACCGUCCACGGUCUGGCCCUGUCCUGCUUUCCAAUGGAGAACGGGACCCACGGAACCAAUGGAACCAAUGGAGCCUUGGACAGGAGCGAAUCAGAGAGCCACCUCUGAGGGGGAUCACAGAGUGCGUCGCACACAGCAGCAGCUCCAGCUUCCUGCUCACAGCUUCCUGUUUCCUGUUUUGACUGCAAAAUUGUUGGUCGACUGUUUCCCCCAAUCGGAACACGAGAAAGAGGCUGAAAGAAAGAAAGAGGAACUUUUUUUUUUAAACAAAGGAGAGAUGUUUUCGGUGGCCACCACACCUUGGAUUUUGAACAUUUUAUUGAGUUUUACUAAAGACAUUAUUGAUAAGAAAUGCAUUUAAACUUCAUAUAUGAAUAUAUUUUCUCAGAAUGAGUUUAUAUGUCCUGGAAGCAGUCACACAGGGCUGGAAGAGCAGAGAUACAUGGAGAGAGAAAAACAGAGGGGGAGAGUGA